CAGAAUGAAGAAGCAAAAUAAAACUGAUCAAUUGUUCUAUGUAAGAGCCAUUUUUCACUCAUCCCUUGUCUCCUGUUUUUGUUGUGGCUUGUGUUUACCUAUACAACUUUAUUUAUAACUUCUCAGACUGUCUUUACCUAAAGCCUGUCAAUCGUAUGUAGGCUACUAAUACACUUUUUCGAACUGGAACUGAUGUGUGCAUUCAUGAACACUAUACAUGAUGAAGCUGAAAUAUAAAAUCAAGACAAUAGAAAAAGUAUAAUGAAAAUGAUUGGAAGUUUUUUAUAGAAGACUUUAUUGGAUAAGACAUGAUGUUGUAUAAAUAUUUGGCUUUCUUUUUCAAUUGACAUUUUCUUGCUACUGUUAAACUCUUUUUUGUCCUUCUUUUCUUCUUUCUUCUUUUUUGUGCUUAACUCUGUUGUACUUACCUUUAUUGUAUGAUUGUAUUUUAAAUUGUAUUUUAAAUGAAUAAAGAUCAGCCUCAUGUCCCCUCCUUUCCCUUUCCCUGUCACAUCUAGAGUUACUCAGCAGGUGACGUCAUUGUGCUUUUCCACUCAUGUUCCGGUUCCAUUGGGACUGGAAAACUCGGUCUGAAAUUGGAGCAUGCAUUGAGUAACCCUCCUUGACAAAGAAAGGGCAAAGAAUAAGUCAAGAGGCUGUUGAUUGUCACAUCCCAUUUAAAGCAAAUUGUUUCUACCAAAUAAUCCUGGGAACUGUAGUUUGCUUCUCACAGAGUUAGAAUUUCCAGCACCCAUAACAAACUACCUUUCCCAGGAUUGUGGAAGGCGUUUUGCUACAGUCCUGAUGGCCAACAAACAAAGGCAGCAGAAUCCACUGAAAACUGCCGCGGUUGUAAACUGCCUUGAAUCUGCUCGAUGUGCAACCACAACACAGUGGAUGUUUUCCUGGGUAGAUAGUAACCAUUCACCUGUUACCGUGGUACCUCGGGUUACAUAAGCUUCAGGUUACAGACUCUGCUAACCCAGAAAUAGUGCCUCGGGUUAAGAACUUUGCUUCAGGAUGAGAACAGAAAUCAUGCUCCGGCGGCAUGGCGGCAGCAGGAGGCCCCAUUAGCUAAAGUGGUGCUUCAGGUUAAGAACAGUUUCAGGUUAAGAACGGACCUCCGGAACGAAUUAAGUACUUAACCCGAGGUACCACUGUAUAUAGUUGGCUGUUGUAACAGACGUAACUCAACAGAGAGUUACAAAGGCAAGCAAUGCCAAAUAAGGUGAGAUAAAACUUAAAGAUCCAGACACUUUCCACAUCACAUUUUCUUGCCACCAGUGCAUACUGAUGUAAAAUAUACCUAUCUGAAAAAUAAAUUAUAGUGUGGAUUACAGAACUAUUUCAUGCAUCCAGAAUCAUUUAUACACAAUAUUAAGUACUUCACUUUAGUUGUCACUAAAAAGUUAAUUGUGGGGAGCAUUACUAAAUUGCAUUUCUGUUAUACUUCCAGUAUGUUAUGUUUGUGGGGAGCGGGGAGAACCUUUCCCUUAGAUGGCAAAUAGGUGGAUAUAAGAUUAAGUGAUACACCUUGGUGCUUGACUAGCUCCUGUGUCCUACACUGCUGGGAAUUCAUUCUGGGAUAUGCUGGUUAAUGAGAACUACAGACUACAAUGCUAAUUCGGUCCCAGUGUUCCCUAGCAGGUGCCUCAGUUGCAGAUGCUUUUUGUCAGGCUGCAUGAAUUGUUUGAGAAGUGAAGGGAAAAUUACUUAGGGCUGCAUGUUGUGUUGAAACUUGGUCAGCAAUCAUUGAUACAGGGCUCAGAGGGAGGCAUAUUUUCUUUCAGCUUAUGAAAAUGAACAACCAUGGCUUGCUCUAAUGCUUGGAACAAGAGUGGUGGCUACUAUAAAUCUUUCAGGAUAAUAGGAUGCAGUUCUGAUCAAACCCCUGGAGGCAAUUUUCUUCCUUAGUUAAGAAGGAGUGUAAGGAAGGUAUGAAGAGCUGUGAGGAACAAUGCUGUUGUAUAUCUUGAGCUUUACAUGACAGCUUCCAUGGAAUGGGCAGUACAGUGGUACCUCGGGUUACAGACGUUUCAGGUUACAGACGCUUCAGGCUACAGACUCUGCUAACCCAGAAAUAGUACCUCGGGUUAAGAACUUUGCUUCAGGAUGAGAACAGAAAUCAUGCGGCGGCAGCGGGACCUCAGGUUAAGAACAGUUUCAGAUUAAGAACGGACCUCCAGAACGAAUUAAGUUCUUAACCUGAGGUACCACUGUACUGCUGGACAGAGCUAUUGGCUUUGAAGGUUCUUGGAAGGUUUAACAAACCACGGCAGAUAAUGGCCCACUUAGUGACCUGCAUCUUUAAGACACAAACUGCCACCUAAAUCAGGAGCAGAGAACCUUUUUCAGUCUGGGGGCUGGGUGGUGGGUAGAAGCUGCGGCAAAAGUAGGCAGGAUCAGUAGCGGUUGGCUCCGCUGAUGCGUUUGCACCAUGCUGACUUUCGGCAUCGUCCAUCAGCUUGAUUUGCCAUUCUUCUUUGGUCGGGGUUUCCUCUUCCUUCCGUCUCUGGGCUAGUAGCAUCCGAGCGGCCAUUGUAGCAUAUGUGACCAGUUUCCUCUGAUCUUUGGGAUCGUGGUACCUAUAAUUCCUAAUAAAAAGCUUCUGGUUUUUUAGCAAAGGUUAUUUUAAACAUUUUUUUCAUUUCAUUAUAUAUCAUUUCCCAGAAUUUUUUUGUUGCAUUACAAUUCCAUUUACCUUCUUUUCCUUUACAUUUCCAACAUAUAUUGGUACUUGUUCUAUACAUUUUUGCUAAUUUUACUGGGGUUAAGUAGGUCCUCUGCAUCUUUCAAUAGAAUCGUUGUGAAGCGAACCAACAAAUCUGCAGCACUUUCUAAGCUGUCUUUGUAGAAGCAGCAAAAUGCCUCGGAAUUCAAUUUCCCUCUUAGCUUUUUUUGCUGUAGACUAAAAUCCACGAGGCACCUUUAGCAGCUUAAACAGCACAGAACAGCAUGUUCCAACUGUUCCCCCACUCCUGAAAUAGUGGUGAAAAAAUGAAAGUUAUAAUCACUUAACUCAAAAGCAAUUCCUGCUGCCAGUAUCAUCAUCAUCAUCAUCAUUAAAGCCUUCUGGUUGAAAAGAUCUACUCUUACAGAGAAUAAACUGGAAUGUCAGGCAAUCCAAUCCAGAACGCCAUUAAAUACUGCUAGGAUUUAAGAUGAUUUAUGACUUAUCUCAGACAACCAAGGCAGACAUGCUACCACAGGAGUUUAAGAUUAGGGCAUUAACCUUAUGUGCUUCAGUAGGAACAAACUACUUUAAAUUCAAGUACUAUGACUGAAACUGAAUUAUCUGGCUGUCCUAAAAAUUAACUCUGAGAUUUUCUGUCCACUCAGCAGAGUCAUACACACAGCACUUAACACCAGGUAUGGUACACUAGAUUACGCAACAAUAUAUUAAAGAUGACUGAAGUUGGAUCCUGGAUUCCAUACAAGUGAAAUGGCAAAAAAAUAAAAGAAUUCCAAGAUUUGCUGUUUUGCACCACUGAUAUUCUACCACCCAAUUCAUAUUAGCAGCACACUGUGAACAUCUCAAGAUUAGGAUGAAAGAGUCAGUUUGGUGUGCUGUGUGAGUGACGUUCCUUCCCUUACAAACAGUCCUCCAGCCUCUUCAAAACAGUACUGCUAUUUUGCAGCAAUAGAAGCUCAUUCAGGAUUUUGCGGCUGACUCAAAGCUACAAACGUCCGCUGAUUUAAAAGAAAGAAGGGAAGGUAAUUUCUGAAGUUAAAACCAAGCCCAAUAGUAAGUGGUUUCCAAGGUAUCAAAUUUCAUGCAAAAUGUAGAUGUUUGCAGGGGGCUUAACAAAAGAGCAGCAUUGUACUUUGUAAAUAAAAAAGUUUUGCAAUUAAUAAUGUAAUGGGUUGUGUUCUGUUCAUAAGACAAAAAGGUGUAUUUUAUGCAGAAAGAAAAUAUGUAGGUUGAGCCUUUCUAUAUUUUGAUUUAUUAUUAUUAUUAUUAUUAUUAUUAUUAUUAUUAUUAUUAUUAUUCAUACAGGCUAAACUUCAGACACAAAUAUUCCUUGCAGGAAAGAUGAAGUUAAUCUUUGUGGUCAUAGUUUGCUUCUGCAUUUUGGUGAACACACAAACAGGUAACUUUAUUGCAAUAGAUAUAUAUUGUUUCAACCCCUCCCCCCAUCAGUUACUUUCUUCAUUACAAUAUGCUUGGAAUAUGAUACAGCAUUCAAAUAUAAUGAAUGUUUAAUUUCCCGAUGUGCAGUGAGAGUUGAAACAUACUAUUCUUUUAUUACAGUAUUUUGAAAACCAGAAACUUAGCUGCUUAUUAGUUUUGUGGUGACGGAGCAGCAGCUCUUUGUAAAACUGUGACUUUUCACCGAGUGGCUGAUGAUGAAUUUCUUCCCUAAUUACAGGUGCCAGACCGAUCGAGGAUGAAGAAGGUAAAGGGAUUUUGUUUGUUUGUGGUUGUCUCGCUCAAUCCCAUCUCUAGUUUGUCUAAAAAUGGGAAUUCUUGCAAAUGUGAAGUUUGAUCAAAUGUCAGAGGAGAUUUGAAAGAAACUGAGCCCGCAUCAGACACCCCCAAGAAAACAUCAAUUCAACAUUUAGUAGGAACAGGAACUAAAACCUGCAAAUGCCAAAAUUACAAACACACAUAAAGGUUUUCCUUUUUAAGAAACUGUUCGCAAGGCAGAAUGUAAAUCACCAUAUGAAUUAGCACAAUCUGCAAUGAUACUGAAUUAAUAACAUUUAGGAUCGCUGCACCACUCCUGAAUCCGGAGUUGCAGAUGUGAAACAGUGCUGCCUCCAUCUAGUUUCUGAAGCUAGAACUUUGCAUCCUGGAACCAUGGAACCAGUUGCAGUCAGACAGAUGGCCAUUGAUUCCCCUGGCCAGAGCACAUUAAUCAAAUUGGCAGCACGGUGUUGAUUAAAGCUAAAUUAUAUGGCCGCAUCCAGCUGAACUUGAAAUUUAAGUAUUAUGUAGCACUAUUCACUCUCCUAGGGUUAUUUGGAUUUAUAUACCAUGCUUCAAAGGCCCACCAUGGAUUCUAUGACUUCAUAUUUCAAUGUUUCGGGGUCUGGUUGCUUUUUCUUUCAAUCUCCCCAAACAUUUGCUGCAAUCAGGAGGAGGAGAAAAGCAGCAUUCAACACAAUGAGAAGCAUAUUCAUGUAGCAGAAACACUCCCUCCACCCCAACCUGGUGUGUAUAAAACUGGAGUGUGGCCUCUGGUAGCACUUUUAUACAUAAAGAAGCUGCGAUUUAAGAGGAGACCUUGGAAACUGCAUGGAAUUUCCAUUUACUUCAUAGUUUUGGUAAAAGGAUCACCCAACCUUCUCAACAGGUGGUGCUAGUUGCCUGGUGAGAAAAAACACUAGAGGGUCCACGUUCUCUUUAAAUUGUAAAAAGCACUGGAUGGUGCCAGAGAUUCAGGGCCUAUUUUUAUUUCUUUUAAAUAUAUCUGUGGCCAAUAUUCAAAGGCAGCUAAUCUUUGGACCAAUAUGGUAGUGGGACCUGAAGACCUUCCUUCAUCUCCAUGGCUACCUUUAAUGGAUGCCACAUAUAGCUUGUGAUGUCAGGGCAACUUCUCAUACUAACUAAUCAGCACAUCCGUUCUGCAGCGACUGUUUUCCUGUUGUACCUUCUCUCUCACUCGCUUCACGACGGCGUAGCUCUAAACAGCAGCUUAAAAUACUUUGAAUAAAUAUGUUGGGAAACAGAUGCAAGCAGCAUACUGUUUAUUAAGGCAACUGUGCUAAAGGGUAGCACCAGCCCCAUUCAGGGAAUGCAACUAAAAGGUAUUUGUUUAGGUAGCAUGAGUCUUCAAUCCUAAAUGUCUUGGUUAUCAGGGGGAAAGAACCUCAUGCAUAUUUUGUUUUAGACCCCUACAGACAGCCUGCAAACAUGCCCUACUGGCCUUUCACAACCAACGAUUUCUGGGCAUAUGUGGAAUACUUCCGGAUCUUGGGAGCAUACCAUAGAAUCAAUGAGAUGGCCAGGACCUUCUUUGCUCAUCAACCUCUUGGAAGCACUCUUGGAUAUCAUGUCCCAGAUCAUGAGCACUAACUCACUUGGCGAUUCCCAACAAUUUCCAAUACCAACGGAUCACCAGAAUUACUUUUCUAACAACUGUGUUACUCCACUGCUUCUUUUAUAUCAAAUACGUAACUUCUGUUCCUGGUACUUCUAAUGUUAAUCUUAGUGUGGCCUCUUUUUUACUAGAC